AUGGGGAUCUUGGAGAAAAUAGCCCAGAUUCAAGAAGAGUUAUCACGAACUCAAAAGAAUAAAGCCACGGAAUACCACAUUGGUCUACUCAAGGGUAAACUUGCUAGGUACCGAAGAGAGCUACUCGAACCACAACCUGGCCAAGGUGGAGGCGGCGGCGGACAAGGGUUUGAAGUGGCCAAAGCUGGAGACGCACGGGUCUCGUUGAUUGGGUUCCCCUCGGUGGGUAAGUCUUCGUUCUUGUCCAAGGUGACCAAUACCAAGUCGGAGGCAGCCAAUUACGAAUUCACCACCUUGACCUCGGUGGGCGGGAUCUUGGAGUAUAAUGGAGCCGAAGUGCAAAUUGUUGAUUUGCCCGGUAUCAUCAAAGCUGCAGCCCAGGGUAAAGGUCGAGGCAGGCAAGUUAUUGCGGUGUCGCGUACUUCCGAUUUGAUUUUGAUGGUGCUAGAUGCUACAAAAAGCGAAGAUCAGCGACUGAUUUUGGAGAACGAGUUGGAGUCGAUGGGGAUCAGGUUGAAUAAAAAGCGACCCGAUGUUGUGAUAACGUUGAAGAAGACCGGUGGUGUCAAGAUGAGCUCGAUUAUCCCACCUAAAUAUCUAGACGAGAAGCUCGUUACUGCCAUUUUGAAAGAUUACAAGAUCUUGAAUGCACAAGUUUUGAUUCGAGAUGAGAAUGUCACCAUUGAUGAUUUCAUCGAUGUGAUUAAUGAGCAGCACAUCUCAUACAUCAAAUGUCUUUAUGUGUACAAUAAAAUCGAUGCUGUUAGUUUGGAAGAAUGCGAUCGGUUAGCGAGAGAGCCAAACACUGUGGUGAUGUCGUGCGAGCUAGAUUUGGGCAUUGAAGACUUGAAAGAAGAAAUCUGGAGACAGUUGGACUUGUUACGGUUGUACACCAAGCGUAGAGGAGUGUUGCCGAAUCUAAACGACCCCAUGGUUGUGAGAAACAAGAGCACCGUUUUGGAAGUUUGUGACUCGAUCCAUCGCGAUAUGAAGAACCAGUUCAAGUACGCCAUGAUCUGGGGGUCGAGCGCUAAGCACUCACCUCAGAAAUGUGGAUUGAACCAUGCCGUGCACGAUGAAGACGUGGUGCAAAUAUUUACCAAGUAA